AGGAAGUGUACACCUUCACCAAUGUCGGCACAGAACCUUUGACCUGGAAACUUGCACCCUUUGCUUCACCAUAUGUUACGCUCCCAGACAACCCUCACAGCUUAUUCCGUGUGGACUAUGAAGUAUUUCAGUUAUCUCCCCUGAAGGGCGUUCUUCAGCCAUAUGAGACAGAGAAGGUGCAUAUCAUGUUCUGCCCUCAGUGCGAGGGCUCCUACAACCAGGCCUGGUGUCUCUAUGACACUGCUGACAGCCAGGGCUCCUUUCAUCGGUUCACAAUCUAUGCAAAGGUAAAGUACUUGCUGUAG